AUGGUGGAGCAAUGCAGCACUGGGUCUGAGAGCACCUCUCAGUGCUCCGGAGCAAUGGGACCAAUAGCUACUUUGCAGGUGCUCUCUGAAGCACUGGGUGGCACUGUGGGGCCAGAAACAGAGUCCAGCAAGUCAGGGAACUCAGAGUCUGGCAGGUCAGAGGCCUCAGAGGCCAGCAAGUCAGAGAAGGCUGCACAAGGAGCCGACUGGAGCUGUCUUCGGGUGCAGGUGGAGAAGCGUUCUGGUGUGCGGCUGGUGGAUGGAGACAGUCGCUGUGCUGGGAGAGUGGAGGUUCUUCAUAGAGGACAGUGGGGAACAGUGUGUGAUGAUUACUGGGAUAUGAGAGAUGCUGCAGUGGUGUGUAGAGAGCUGCGCUGUGGAGAGGCUGUAGAUGCACUGAGUGAUGCUCACUUUGGUCCAGGAUCAGGACCAAUCUGGAUGGAUGAUGUGGACUGUAGAGGAUCAGAGUCAACACUGAAGAACUGUAAAUCACCAGGAUGGGGUAAACAUAACUGUGAUCAUUCUAAAGAUGCUGGAGUCAUCUGUUCAGGAGUCAGGCUGGUUGGUGGUUCUCGCUGCUCUGGGAGAGUGGAGGUGCUUCAUGGAGAGACCUGGUCCACAGUGUGUGAUGCUAACUUUGACCAGCAGGAUGCAGAGGUUGUGUGUCGAGAGCUGGGCUGUGGGCUUCCUGUGGAGGUGCUGGGAGCAGCUGCUUUUGGCAGAGGGGAGGGUCAGGUGUGGUCAGAGGAGCUUCAAUGUAGAGGAAAUGAAUCUCAGAUUUACUUUUGUCCAACAUCACCUUUACUCAAACACAACUGCUCUCAUGAUAAUGAUGUGGGGCUGGUGUGUGCUGGCAGCAUGCGGCUGGUGGAUGGUGGCAGUCGCUGUGCUGGGAGAGUGGAGGUUCUUCAUAGAGGACAGUGGGGAACAGUGUGUGAUGAUGGCUGGGAUAUAAGAGAUGCUGCAGUGGUGUGUAGAGAGCUGGGCUGUGGAGAGGCUGUAGAAGCACUGAGUUACGCUUACUUUGGACUGGGAUCAGGAAAAAUUUGGAUGGUUGAUGUGGACUGUAGUGGGUCAGAGUCUACACUGAAGAACUGCCACUCAACACUUUGGGCUAAACAUGCGUGUAAUCACUCUAAUGAUGCUGGAGUUUUCUGCUCAGGAGUCAGGCUGGUUGGUGGUUCUCGCUGCUUGGUGGAUGGUGGCAGUCGCUGUGCUGGAAGAGUGGAGGUUCUUCAUAGAGGACAGUGGGGAACAGUGUGUAGUCGUGGUUGGGAUAUGAGAGAUGCUGCAGUGGUGUGUAGAGAGCUGCGCUGUGGAGAGGCUGUAGAUGCACUGAGUGAUGCUCACUUUGGACCAGGAUCAGGACCCAUCUGGAUGGAUAAUGUUCACUGUAGUGGAUCAGAGUCUACACUGAAAAAUUGUUCAUCAUUAGAAUCAAGUAAACAUGACUGUGAUCAUUCUAAAGAUGCUGGAGUCAUCUGCUCAGGUCACAGAAAGCCCAGGCUUACAGGUGGUCCUCAUCUCUGCUCUGGGAGAGUGGAGGUGCUUCAUGGAGAGACCUGGUCCACAGUGUGUGAUGCAGACUUUGACCAGCAGGAUGCAGAGGUUGUGUGUCGAGAGCUGGGCUGUGGGCUUCCUGUGGAGGUGCUGGGAGCAGCUGCUUUUGGCAGAGGGGAGGGUCAGGUGUGGUCAGAGGAGCUUCAGUGUAGGGGAAAUGAAUCUGAGAUUACCUUUUGUCCAACAUCAUCUUCACUUAGACCCAACUGCUCCCAUGACAAUGAUGUGGGACUAAUAUGUUCUGGUCACACUCAGGCUCGGCUGGUGAACGGCUCUGACUCCUGUUCUGGUCGAGUGGAGCUCCAGUACCUCAGUGAGUGGGGCACAGUGUGUGAUGUAAGCUGGGAUAUGAGAGCUGCCAGUGUCCUCUGUGGUCAGCUGAAGUGUGGGAGUGCUGUGGCUGUGUUGGGAUCAGACUGGUUUGGGGAGGGGAGUGGCCAGAUCUGGGCUGAUGUGUUUGAUUGUCAAGGGAACGAAACACACCUGUCAAAAUGUCACAUUUCAUCAUGGAGUCGAACUGCAUGCUCUCAUAAACAGGAUGCUGGAGUCAUCUGCAGUGGUAGCGAUCGCAACCGCCACCCGGAGCCUACAGCAACUCGCCAGUGGUGCGUUGCCUGGUCCUCGGUCCUCUAUUCGUCCCGCUCAUUGGCGCUGCUGUCGUCGCCGCACGCUGGUGAUUUCAUCGAGGCUCUGGCGUUCAACUCUCAACUUCGUUCACGUGCUCUCCACGCCGCAACUCUUGUCGCCGCCCGCUUCCUGCUCUUCUCGCUGCACCGUGCUCUCGGGAACUGCCGCCGACAAUCGCUCCCUGGCAAUCGCUGCUUUCACACUCUCCCGGAUCACAGCUCCAUCAGGCUGGUUGGUUCUGGGGGAGACUGUGCAGGAAGGCUGGAGGUUUUCCACAGCGGCUCAUGGGGGACAGUGUGUGAUGACUUGUGGGAUAUUGAGGAUGCACAGGUGGUGUGUAGACAGCUGCAGUGUGGAGUGGCCCUCAGUGCUCUGGUACCAGCCCGGUUUGGACCUGGAACUGGACCCAUAUGGCUGAAUGAGGUGGAGUGUGAGGGGAAUGAGAUGUCCCUGUGGAACUGCAGAUUUCAGCUGUGUGGAGAGGAUGAAUGUGGACACAUGGAGGAUGUAGGAGUCGUGUGUUCUGAGUUUAAAGAGAUCAGACUCACUGAGGGCUGUGAGGGGAAUCUGGAAGUGUUCUACAAUAGAACCUGGGGUAAUGUGUGUGCAAAUGAUGUGGAUGAAGAAACAGUAAGUUUGAUCUGUCAAGAGCUGAACUGUGGAAGAUCAGGCAGUUUGAGCCAAACCAAAGCAAGAGUGGAAUCAGCUCCUAACUGGCUGGGUGAUCUGAAAUGUAGGAAACAUGACUCCACUCUGUGGCAUUGUCCAUCUUCCCCCUGGAGACAGAACAGCUGUGAUAAUCUAAAUAAGGUGGCCCACAUUACCUGCUCAGAGCACCUGCCUCUCAGGCUGAAUGGAGGAAAUGGAAGCUGCUCUGGGAGGCUGGAGGUGUAUCAUAAUGCUGAGUGGGGCUCUGUCUGUGAUGAUCAGUGGGACAUCAUGGACGCUAAGGUGGUCUGCAGGCAGCUGGGCUGUGGGCUGGCGCUGAGUGCUGAUGGGAGUGCUGUCUUUGGUGCUGGUGAAGGGCCUAUCUGGCUGAACAGAGUGAAGUGUAGAGGGAAUGAGAUUCACCUGUGGGACUGUCCUCAUUCCCUGAAGAACCACACUGACUGCUCCCACAGGCAGGAUGCUGGAGUCACCUGUACAGCUGGUCAAACAGAGAAUGAAGCAGUUACUCCUCCACAAACUCCAUCACCAGCUGUUUCAUCCAUCUAUCCAGUGUCUCUCCUGGUUCUGGGAGUGCUGCUCUUCCUGGCCUUAGUGCUUCUGGUUGUGCUGUUUUACCAGAACAGAGUGCUCAGGAGAGUGCUCUCUAAGAGGAGGCAUAAGACUCUGACUGAGGCAAUCUAUGAAGAGAUCAAUCAGAGAAUCAUUGGAAGUAUCCUCUCUGAAGAACAGCAUUCAGGAUAUGAGGAUGUGGAUGAGGAGCUUCUCUCAGGUGAGGUGGGAACUAGAGACACUCCAGAGAACUAUGAUGAUGUCAUUUCUGCUGGACAGACAACGGCUAGAGAAGCAAAGAGCAAGGUGGAGAUUUAUGAUGACGCCAUUCCUGCUGGAGAGAAUCUACACAUUACAGCAGUGUACACACCAGAGAACUAUGAUGAUGUCAUCACUCCUGGACAGGAUUUUGGUGAUUCAGCAGGCUAUGAUGAUGUGGUAGAGGUGUCUGAGAAAGAGGGACAGACCAUCUGA